GGACUCGACGGUUCGGUGGCCGGGCGGGCGGGCAGGCGGCGGCGGCCAGGCCAGCUUCCAGACAGGCGAGCCGCGGCGGCAGGUGGCGGCCAGGCUGGCCCGUAUAAGGUGUGUCCGCCGCCAUUGGCUGCCGGGCUGCCGGCGGCGGCUGCGAUUGGUCAGCGCCGACCCGUCCGGAGGCGACCUGCUGGAGCCGCGGGCCACGGCUCUCCAGUGGACUCGGGCCGUCCGCUCCUCACUGCUGCCUGCUCACCCGCCUCCCGACACUCCAGACUAGCACAAUGGCUGACGACAAGGAGAAGAAGAAGAGGAAGAAGAAGAAGGAGACCGAGGAGACCGAUGCCGCGCCUCCGGCCCCGGCCCCCGAGCCCGCCAAACCCGCCUCCGCCAAACGCUCCAGCAGCAAGCGGUCGAGCAAGAAGAAGGGCAGCAGCGUCUUCUCCUGCUUCUCCCAGCAGCAGGUCAAUGAGUUCAAGGAGGGCUUCCAGAUGAUGGACGCCGACAAGGACGGCAUCCUCAACAAGUCCGACAUCCGCAGCGCCUUCGACCUCAUCGGCAAGAUCGUCUCGGACAAGGAGCUGGACGAGAUGCUGGCCGACGCGCCGGGCCCCAUCAACUUCACCAUGCUGCUCUCCAUGUUCGCCAGCCGGCAAUCGGGAGAGGCCGACGACGACGACGUCAUCGUGGCCGCCUUCAAGGCGUUCGACGAGGGCGACGGCACCAUGAACAGCGACUCGCUGCGGCACUCGCUCAUGACCUGGGGCGAGAAGUUCACCGCCAAGGAGGUGGACGACGCCUUCGACCAGUUCGACAUCGAUGAUGCCGGAAAGAUCGACCUCGCCGGCGCGCUCGAGCUCCUCGUCGGCGGCAAGAAGGACGAUGAGGGAGAAGCGGCAUAAUUUUCGCUCCAGCACAUUUCCACGUACCUCGCGGCGCACCGCUGGCCAUCCUCAGCGGGUGACCAGCGGCCGUCGCCGACGACCGGCCGUACCGGUCGGGGAGACGUCGCGUCGCCGGCCGGGCGGGGCGGGAGGCGCAGAGGCGCAGUCCCGCACCGCGCCCGCGCCGGCAACUGCGCGCGACCUGUUGAAUUUGUUCACCAUCAUGUGUCGGCAUGGCCCCGGCGUUCAACCGGUGCUCAGGACUCUGUCCUGUUGAACGUGUUGUGUGGACCUGCGACAGAUAAAUUCGACAUCCUGUA